AUGGUUAUAUACAGGGUGACUACGGAAAACGGUAACGGCGGUGCGGUGUUAAGCGGUGACCUGACGAAAGCAAAGCACAGCAGAGCUAGCGGAACGGUUAAGGCGGACAGAAAGGGAGGAAAGGAUGACAACAUCCUAUCAGCCGAACGCGCAGUUAGGUUAAGUGUACCGGAAAGAGACAACAGUACACCCAACCACGUCGUACCUGAAAGAGAAACGAGAUUAACUACGACCUGCGUCUCCACUCAUAGAACAGAAAGGAAAUGGGACACGACAUUCUAUCAGCAGAGCGCGCAGUUAGGUCGAAUGCAUCGGACAGUGACAACAAUGCACCCUUCCUUGUCGUAUGUCGGCGGUUCGGUACGACCUGCGUUUCAACUCAUAGGACAGAAAAAGGGGGAGACAACAUCCUAUAAGCCGAACUCGCAGUUUAGGUCCAGUGCACCGGACAGAGACAACAGUGCACCUUUCCUUGUCGUGGCGGUGACGUAUCGCUGGCUAGACGGCAGGCUGGAGCUCGGCACGACUGAUUCCUUCGCUGGCAGAGGUCCCUGUUAUCUGCCACAACCCCAAGAUUCUAUGCCAUUAGAAGAAACUGGAAAUAUGGGACCAAUUGGGCCAUGGGCUACGGGAAGAGUAGAUUGGGGUCCUCUAGGUGGCUUAACUGGCACCAGACCCGUAGUGGAUAAGUAUUCUAUAGCUAGAUACAGCGAAGGUGAUUGGCGAGCACACAAUAAAGUUAUUUUGGAAAUGUCUAACGUAGAACAGCACAGAGCUAACCUCGUCGAUUGGAAUGGCCGACAAUGUCUAGAACAAUCGCAGGCGGACGUAACUGCAACCCAGGAAGACAAUACGAAGAAACUGAAUCAAAGAGAGCUAGAAAUUCAUCGAUGGAAAUGUGAACUAGAACGGGCAAUAGCAGCUGCAUCUGAAGAGAUUUAUUUUAUGGAAGAGCAAAGACGUAGAUUAAAGCAAGCCAGUUCAGUUUUAACUUGGCCUGAAUCUAUCGCUGGAGAAUGCCUAGAAAGACGUACUGGUCGAAUGGAUGCAGAACUAGUCCGCGAUGAAGUCGAAGAUGAACUAAUCAAGGAGUUAGCAUUGUGUUCGGAAAUACGAGACAUAUUCAACCGAACUCUUAAAGACGUUGAAAAACAGUUGUUAGAAGAUAAAACUGCAAAACAAAAAUUAGAAAUGGACUGGAGCGAUAAAACUGUUGCCCAUGAAAUUGACAGUAUCAACAUGGCCUUAAAUUGCGGAUCUACUAUAUUGUUAUUCAAGCCAGGCUCUGUAAUUUUUCCCGAAGGACAAUCAUCCACGGAUUAUUGGGAACAUUUUACCAGAGAGACCUUACUAGAGGGGGAAGCAACCAGACAGCGUUCAGUUACUCUUAGGGGUACCCUGGAUGCAAUUUUAAAUAACGCUGCGAGAGAUUUACGAACUCAAGCCGAUAAAGUGGAACUGGCUCUAGCAAAACGCAUUGCUUGCACUGAAGAAGUUACAAAAAAAUUGGAAUAUGAAUUGUUACAGGUUCUUCGAAGACUAGCAGAUGUCGAGGACCUGAUGAAAGAUUUAAGAGCUGCAAUUAGAAGAAUGGAUACACCAAUGAAAAAGGCCCAAACGAGAUUAGAUAACCGUUUAUUAAGACCCAGAGUUGAAAAUUGUCGAGAUGUGGCUCAUUUCGGGUACAGUAUUUUUAUUCACUAUGUAUAUAUUAAAUCAAACCCUAUAAAAGUCUUCCUUGUGUCAAAUAUAAUGCAUCUUUGUUUUAUUUCUUUAUCGGGCCGUUUUAUGUACAGCGUUGGCGCAUGA